AUGUACACAUUAUGUGAACAAGCUGCAGUGGCUUCACGAGGACUUGUGGUGGCGACCGCAGCGUUAGGCAAUAACCAGACCAGCAUAUUUGUGGACAAAUUGAAGAAUAUAUUGAGACGAAAUAAUGAUGACUACAUAGACAUUCGUACGAGUAAAACUAAUAUACUUACUACAAAAGUAAAUACAACAGCAGCCGUAACAAGAGUGACGACGGGCAAGGACGUUUUAAACAACAGCAGCAUCCGGCGAGCAUCGACCACGCCAAACAUCCGCAGGAGAGCUCUCAGUCAAGUUAAGAGUGUAAAAGAGAAAGAGAACGAUUUAACAAAACAAGACAACACUAAAGUGAACACAGAACACAAAAGCAUACUGAAACCAAACAAUUUAUUGAAUCAAGCGAAUGAUAUUAAAGACAAGUAUCCCAAGUACGUGAACAAAAUAUCUAAAGUUAAAUCGUUUUUUAACAAGAAUAAAGAUCUGUUCAAAAAGUUCAUAAGUAACAGGAGCUCGAAGCCACAGAUACCUGUGCUGAAACUUGGAAACGGAACCACUCCGACCGGGGACACGUUGGCUACGAGCGGACGAGGGCCCCUGGGACGAGUGCGGAUUUCGAAAUCCUCAGAUGAUGAAUCAAAGACGACAUCCCUAGAGGCCAACGAGAAUAGCUUGCCGAACUCCGAGCAGCUGGACAUGGCGCCCGCCAGGGGAGGAUACAUACAUGCUCAGAGACUUAAGGAUCGUCUGUGCCAACGCAACGUGAUGAUACCGGAGGGUCCUAAGUACGACAGCAAGGGCAGGGCGUACCUCGCCGCCUACACUGCGGUACGAGGACACGAUUUCAUUCAGACCAAGCCUCCCAAAGCAUUUCUUCCACGAUGCUGUAAUUGUUGCAAGAAAUCUGUUCUUGGUUGUGAAUAA